AUGGAUUGUGUCGAGCGGUUUAAUGACCAACAGCGACCAUCAAAAGAUGAGUUUUAUAGUAUUCUUACUGAUGAGGGGAUUAGAGAUGAGCAAUAUACACACGCUCAAAAAGUAUGGGAUAUAUUUAAAUUAAAGAAUAUGGGUGAAUAUCAUGAUCUGUAUCUGAAGUCUGAUAUUUUGCUUUUGGCGGACAUAUUUGAAAACUUUAGAAAAACAUGUCUGCAGUAUUAUAAAGUGGAUCCCGCACACUAUUUUACUAGUCCUGGAUUGAGUUGGGAUGCAAUGUUGAAAAUGACAGGAAUUAAACUUGAGCUCAUGACAGAUGUGGAUAUGUUCCAGUUCAUUAAAAAAGGUACGCGCGGUGGGAUUUCACAUAUUAGUCACCGAUAUGGGAAGGCUAAUAAUUAG